CUUAUUUUACGUUCAUUAUUAUUACUUCCUUACUCGACUCAACGGCUAAACCACAGGUACGCAUUCGAUGACCGUGAGAAUCCAUCGCCGCAGCGCAAACAAAGCUGGCCUGCGGUGAUGAGCAUGCUUGUUUCCCCGUUGCGUCGGCCCAUCCGCGCCACGGGCAACCUAGGCCGCCGACUCAGCUCAAUCGGCUCUCUUAACUCGGCGGCACUCUUCAUAUGUCCAAUUGGUUGUCGAAAUUAUGUAUCGACAAAAGGGAAGAGGCCGCGGACAGCUAUCUUUUUUCCAGGCCAGGGAGUCCAGAAAGUUGGAAUGCUUACGCCCUGGAUCGAGACUUUUCCAACUAGAGCCGCGCAGAUAAUUGAUGAGAUUGAUAGCUAUAUGGGAUACAAACUAUCCGAUAUAAUACAAAAUGGCCCAAGUCAAGUACUAACCGCAACGCCCUACGCCCAACCGGCGAUCAUGGCAACUUCUAUCUUCAUCCUUCGCAUUCUCGAGAACGAAUUCAACUUCGACGUCUCCAAGCGAGUUGAUGUAUCACUCGGACAUUCCCUGGGCGAGUUCGCAGCUCUAGUAGCGGGAGGUGUUUUGGAGUUUCAAGAUGCUUUAUAUAUGGUGCGCAAGCGCGCGGAGGCUAUGACAGAAGCUACUCAGAAGGCCAAGGAUAAAUAUGGAGGAGAAUACGGCAUGGUAGCUGUGGUUACGGAACCUGAGUAUCUAACUCAACUGAUCGAGGCCAUAGACGACUUCGUGGGAUACCGCAGUGCGGGCGCGAGAAGCGAGAGCGCCGACUCCAUGAAACCCAUCGAUCAAGUGCUCAUCGCAAAUAUCAACAGCAAGAAUCAAAUUGUUCUGAGCGGGAAUAUACAGCGGAUCAAGGAACUAAUAGCUCACGUGCGACAAUUUCUCGGCCAUGACCCUAGAGCGGUUCGGUUAAAUAGCGAUAGUCCAUUCCACAGCCCGAUCAUGAGACCGGCCGUCGCAGUGAUGCGAGAAUUAGUCUCGAGAAAGAGUAGAAUCAAGGGUCGCGAAGAUAAAGACGUGAUCACUUUUCCGGGCCGACUACAAUGUAUAAGCAACGUGAGUGCGCGGCCGUUCGAAAGCGCCGCGGACGUCAAAGAUCUCUUGGCACGGCAAUGCCUCGAGACUGUCAGAUGGUGGGAUAGCAUCAAGUACCUGGAUCAAGAGCAGAAGGUCAGGAGAUGGAUAGGUAUCGGGCCCGGGAAAGUCGGUAGGAACCUCGUAGGAAAGGAGGUAGGCAUGCGCGGGAUGGACACAGUUAAAGGGGGCGGCGUUUGGGCUAUCACCGAUCCCAUCGAGCUCGAGGAUGUCUUGAAAGGGUUGGAGCAGACGGAGUCAUUACCGGAGGAAGAGGAGGACGAGGAGUAAGCGCAUCUAUAGGAUGCUACGUCGGACCGACAUACUAGACAUGGUGAUGCUGUUAGGCUUAUAAGACAACCUUUCCAUGUUAGGGGAGGAGAAAGGGGGGGUUGGUGUAAGAUCUCUUAAGAUUUAUCCAACCAUCUAAACUAUGUGGUAUUACUUUGUAGUUAGAUAUGGUGAUAGAUGGAUGGAGUUACGUUGGAUCAAGGCGAUUUAAGCGUUCUAUAAUAGUUGAAUGAUAAAUGUAUAUUUUUGUUCUUUAUAUUCGUUAUCUCUACUUGAUUUUUGUCACCUC